UCCCGAGCAGAGGAGAGAAAGAAAAGAACAGAAGCUCUGAGCAGAAGAGAAGAAAGAAAUCACCAUCUGGAGAAAGGAGUGUCUGGGUUUCCCAUCAGGAGAGCGUGAUGAAGCGAACAACUUUCCUGCUGGUGUUUGGAGUCUUACUGAGCUUCUGUCGGGCUCAGUCGGAGACGGGAGGCGAGGAGACGGGCGGAGAGGAGGAACAUGUGGAGCUCUUCACCACCCCUAGGACAAAGAUGGGCGCCGCCGCCUCGGACUUCGGCUACAACCUGUUCCGCGCUCUGGCGAGCCGCGACGCAACGACUAACGUGUUCCUGUCCCCCAUCAGUGUGUCUGCAGUGUUGACGCAGCUGUCCAUGGGAGGGUCUGAGCGUUCCCAGAGGCAGCUGUUCAGGGCCCUGAGGUACCACACCCUGCAGGACCCUCAGCUCCACAACACCCUGAAAGACCUGCUGGCCUCAGUGAAGGCGCCUGGGAAAGGCCUGAGCACCGCCGCUCGCAUCUACCUGGCACGACGCCUUCGUUUGAAGCAGGACUUCUUCGGACUUGUGGAGCAGCAGUACGGCAUUCGCCCCAAACCUCUGCUGGGAGGAUCCAAGGAUGUUAAAGAAAUCAACGAAUGGGUGUCUCAGGAGACGGGCGGUAAGGUCCAGCGCUUCCUGACCAAGCCCCUCCCCCGAAACUCUGGAGCGAACUCCGUUAGCGCCGCCUACUUUAAAGGGAAAUGGACAACACGGUUCAGUCAGAGUGGAACGUCAGAGAACUUCCAGUUGGAUGGAAAAGCACCUGUCCGCAUUCCCAUGAUGCAACAGGAGAACUACCCAAUAAAAAUGGGAGCGGACCCAGAUUUGAGCUGCACGAUCGCUCAAUUCCAGAUGCAGGACGAUGUCAGCAUGUUCGUGUUCCUGCCCGAUGAUGUGACGUCCAACAUGACUCUGCUGGAGGAGAGUCUGACCGCUGAGUUCGUGCAGGACCUCUCCAUGACGCUUCAUCCUGCUCGGGUGACCCUCACUCUGCCCGCUCUGAAGUUCAGCUACACCACAGACCUGCUACCACUGCUCAGCGACCUCGGUCUCUCUGAAUGGCUAGCAGACACGGAGCUGGAGAAGAUCUCGGCUCAGCCCGUCAAGCUCAGCACCAUGAAUCAUAAGGUCGUCAUGGAGAUGGCGCCUGAAGGGAACCAGUAUCCGAGCUCCACCUCAACACCGAGCCACCUGUCCUACCGAGUAGACCGGCCCUUCCUCUACCUGAUCCGGGACGAAGCGUCGGGGGCGCUGCUCUUCAUCGGCAGGGUGGUCAACCCCAAGGACCUGAGGAUAUAACACAUUAACACACACACACACACAUACACAUACACACACACACACACACACACACACACACACACACACACACACACACACACACACACACACACACACACACACACACACACACACACACACACACACACACACACACACACACACACUCUUAGCAGGUCCUAGGAGGGAAUUCAGGUGUUUGUGGAGCCAAAAGUACAUACGUGAUAUUUGAGUUUGAUUUGAUUAUACAUGAUUUUUUUUUACUUUUCAUGUUGAAACACGUUAGCGUGAUCAUGUUAAUCUGACAGGACGCUCAAACACCCUGAACCAAACCUCAACACAGGAAUGCUUUUUACAAACCAAAUAUUGUCAUUUUGUCAAAAGAAAUAAACACAAUGAAAUGAAA